AUGGAAGCAAUAUUCUGUCAAAAUGGCACAGAGACACCAGAAGCAAUCAGAGCAGAGGUGUCAGGUGCAAUCCCGCUGUGGCUUCAGGGGACACUUCUACGCAAUGGACCUGGCCUUUUCUCCAUUGGGAAUACGUCCUAUAAUCACUGGUUUGAUGGAAUGUCUCUCAUUCACAGUUUCACUUUUAAGCAUGGUGAUGUAUAUUACAGAAGCAAAUUCCUCAGGAGUGAUACUUACAAGAAAAACAUUACUGCCAACAGGAUCGUGGUGUCAGAAUUUGGGACAAUGGCCUACCCUGAUCCUUGCAAGAAUAUAUUCUCAAAAGCCUUCAACUACAUGCUCAACAUCAUUCCAGAUUUCACAGAUAAUAACAUUGUGAACAUUAUAAGAUAUGGGGAUGAUUACUACACAUCAUCAGAAAUAAACUACAUCAACCAAAUCAACCCAGUGACUCUUGACACUAUAGGAAGAGUCAAUUACAGAAACUAUAUUGCCUUGAAUCUGGCAACAGCACACCCUCAUUAUGAUGAUGAGGGAAAUACCUAUAACAUGGGCACUGCUAUCAUGGCACUGAGUGGACCUAGUUAUGUCAUUUUCAAGGUGCCUGCGAUGACAUCAGAUAUAAAGGACGACAAACAAAAAAAUCUUGCACUGGAGAACCUGCAAAAGAUUUGCUCCAUUCCUUUCUCCUCAAAACUCUACCCAAGCUACUUCCACAGCUUUGGGAUGACGGAAAAUUACUUUAUCUUUGUUGAGCAGCCCUUGAAGCUGGACAUCAUCCGACUGGCCACAGCUUACUUCAGAGGAAUCACCUGGGGCAAGUGCCUCAAUUAUGACCAGCAUGGUGUUACUCUGUUCCACAUAAUCAACAGGAAGACAGGGGUUGUGGUGAAAACUAAGUUCUAUGGGGAUGCAUUUGUGGUUUUCCAUCACAUCAAUGCCUACGAGGAGGAUGGCCAUGUGGUGUUUGACCUGAUCACAUAUAAAGACAGCAGUCUCUAUGACCUUUUCUACAUUGAUAACAUGAAGCAGGAUGCAGAGACAUUCACCAAGAUGAGUAAGGAUUUUUCUCCACCAGUCUGUCAGAGAUUUGUCAUCCCUGUCAGUGCUGACCUCAAGGAAAAUCCACUGGACAAGAACAUUGUGACACUAGAGGACACAUCAGCUACAGCAGUGUUACAGAAAGACGGUUCCUUGUACUGUACUCCAGAAACACUGUUUCAUGGUUUAGAGUUACCUGGCAUCAACUACCACUACAAUGGGAAGAAGUACAGAUAUUUCUAUGGCUCUAUGAUGGAGUGGUCACCUCAGGCAAAUAAGAUCGCAAAAGUGGACACAAGUACCAAAACACACCUAGAAUGGACAGAAGAAGAUUACUACCCAUCAGAACCAAAGUUUGUGGCAUCACCAGGUGCUGUGGAUGAGGAUGACGGUGUUAUCUUGUCAUCCGUGAUCUCAGUCAAUCCGGAAAAGCCAUCCUUCAUGUUGGUGCUGGAUGCAAAGACCUUCCAGGAGAUCGCUCGUGCCUCAAUUAACGGUUCUGUUCACCUGGACUUGCAUGGACUUUUCAUCCCUCAGGAAUCUGAACUGAAAUAA